AUGUCCUCAGUACCCCUUGAACUACCAGGUUCAGUUAUCCCCAGAGGUUCGGAGAUCGACGCUUGGUUGAAGGGUCUCGUCGCAGGCCUCUGUGGCCUGGAGCAUGACCGAUUCCCCGGAAGUCAACCGGUCAGCUUUGGGACGCGAGAUUUAGACAGGUUGGAGAAGCAAGAUUAUUGGGUUUGCGAAAAGUCGGAUGGGAUCAGAGUGUUGUUUGUGGUGUUGACAAAUCCCGAUGGUAGUACACAAUUGGUUUAUAUCGUCGACCGCAAGAAUGAGUACCGUCAACUCGAUGGGAUGUAUUUCCCGCAUUGGGAGAAUCCUGCGAGGCCGUUGGGGAGCACUAUAGUGGAUGCAGAGCUCGUGAUUGACACAGAUCCUCGGACAAAGCAGACUACAUUGCGUAUGCUCUGCUUUGACUGCAUCGUAGCAGAUGGUCAGAAUGUCAUGGAUCGAAACCUUGAGAAACGGUAUGGGCGGCUACGUGAACAUUUUUACAAGCCAUACUCGAAGAUGAUGUCAGAUCAUCCGCACAUGCGCGCUAGCCAACCCUUCGACAUCCGGGUGAAAGAGAUCAAUCUGUCAUAUCACCUAGAGAAAGUCUUUGAUGUCGACAUUCCUAAACUUCAACAUGGAAACGAUGGUCUCAUCUACACACCGGUAACGACGCCCUACGUCCCUGGUACAGAUACGAACAUUCUGAAGUGGAAACCUCCAUCGGAGAACUCCAUUGAUUUUAAGCUAGUUCUACGUUUUCCGAGCUUGCCCUCUCGUCCCAACCAGCCAGAUCUAGGAGCGAAGCCCGUCUUUGCGCUGCACGUCUGGAAUGGUGGCGAGGGCGCACGAGCGCAGUACGAACCUUAUGACGUGAUGUACGUCGAGGAUGAAGAGUGGGAACAAUGGAAAGCGUCUCGCGAACAGCUCGACGACCGGAUCGUUGAAGUCCACUGGGACAAUGUCAAGGAACACUGGCGUUUCAUGCGCUUCCGAGACGACAAACUGCACGGCAAUCAUCGUAAAGUCGUUGAGGGCAUCAUUCAAAGCAUAGCCGACGGUGUCGAAAAAGACGACCUUCUCGCACGAUCUACGGCGAUCAAAAACGCCUGGAAAGCGCGUCACGGACAACCUUCACAAUCCUCACAACCACCACCUCAUCCUCAUUCACAGCAUCCGCCACCCUCGCAUCACCCGUCGUCGCACCAUCAACAACAAAAUCCCAAUCCUUAUGCUCAGGGCCCACCGCCCCCACCACUACCGUCGAAAAAAGCGCCAAUCGUCGCUCCGCGGGUCGAGCGAAACUACGGACCACUUGCGUCUUCGCCCUGGAGCAAAGUCUCAGGUCCAGCUGUCGUGUCCGGUUUCAAAAGAUAA